AAUGCCUUUAGCAAGCAUAUCAGUCUAUUCAUAAUCACCACCCACCUAUUUUUCAGCAAAUAAAAAUGAACACCAUGCAGAGCACGUCCAGCAACCACCGGCACUCAUUUAUGUCCCGCAGCCACAUUGUGACUCUGCUCAACGGCACUGUCCACGACGACGACGAAGAAAGCCCGAACUUCCAAAACCAGCUUUUGUUGUUGCCGUCCACUGAGCGCCACGAAAUAUCCGACCACCCAGCCAUGGCCUCUGCAUCUAAGUGCUGCGUGUUCAUUAAAGAGCUCGCCCGCACUCUCUGCUUCCCUGCACGCACUAUCAGCACAGCGCAGCUGCUAGUCCACCGUACAUACAUUAACCGUCCCAACUACUCUGCCAAUACCGCGGACUUGGCUACUGCAUGUCUGUUUGUCGCGGCCAAAAUGGAGGAGACUAUCAAGCGGCUGCGCGACAUUCUGGCCCACUCCUACGUGAUAUCCUCGUCUUCCGUGGUCGACCCCCAGUCGGUGCCUGUUUCGGUAACGGAUAAGAUGCGGCCGACAGUUUUAGCCGCUGAGCAGUUUGUUUUGGAGGCUAUUGGUUUUGAUUUCCGCACGGCUCAUCCGCAUCUGAUGUAUGUAAAGUUAGCCAAGAUGGCCAAUGUUCCUAUAUCCACGGUCGCUGCCGGGUGGUCAAUCCUGGCCGACGCAUAUUUCACCACAUUGCCCGUACAGUACCCCUCGGUGCUUAUUGCUGCUGGGGCGCUGUGUCUUGCAUGGAAUCUUGACUGCACAUCGCCGCAGGAUACCAGCCGCUUUGUCCGGACCUCCCUUGGAAUUCACGGCCUGCCUACCGAAGCCAGCAAGAGUCAUAGCGGUGGCAGAAGAGGAUCAAACACCAACAACCGGCAGAUCAGCGGUCGCCAGGAAAGCACUCCUGCAAAUUUAUUGUUCCCCGCGCAGUCUCGCGAACGGCCGCAGUCGAUAAGUAUGUAUGAGGAAUGGUGGGCGAAAUUUGGUGUGGCCACCAGCGAUAUGCAGAGUUUUGUGCGCCAGAUGGCUGACUUUUACUUGCUUUUUUUUAAUGGGAACGCGGCAUCAGCUGGCUACCUCGAAAGGCACAGGAAUGGUAUUCCCAGCAGCGAUAUGUCGCGGAGAAUUGGUCAGUGGCGGUUGUGGUUGGAAAAUGCAUCGAUAACACCCGUUUCACCCAAAAGGUCUUGAAUAAGACCGGCCCCCUAGUUGACUUGUGUUUGAACCCAAGUAAGAAAAUAUAACUGAAAUUAUGAAGAAUAAGCAAUAUCAUUUUUAAAGACUUUAAUAAAAAUAAAACCAUACGAUGCAUAUAAUCUAUG